AAUAUCAUUUUGUUAUCAUAUUCUCUAAUGUGCGUUAAAAAUGAAAAUGUCAAACAACUUUAUAGAAUGUUUUAUAGAAUGAUAAUAUUAGUAAAUAUGAUAAUUGAAUGAGAAAAACGAUUUUAAUCGUUUUUUUCUAUAUUAAAAUUAAUAAACUAUGCUAGUUUUGCUAUUGACAAUUAAUAUGAUAUGAUCAUGGCGGAAUCUACGAAGAAGACGGAGGAUGAUAAAGUUAAGUGUAAAAUUUUAAUUGUUGGAGCUGGAAUGGCUGGAUUAUCAGCUGCAAAUCAUUUAUUAAAAAAUCACGAAACUGAUUUCAUGAUUGUUGAAGCACGAGGUCGAAUAGGUGGUCGUAUAGUUGCUACCAAAAUCGGCAAUGAAAAGGUAGAAUUAGGAGCAAAUUGGAUCCAUGGAGUCCUAGGGAACCCAAUGUUUGAAUUAGCUAUGGCAAAUGGAUUAAUAGAUAUUAUACGCGUACCAAGGCCUCAUAAAGUUGUAGCUGCUAUGGAAGAUGGAAAACAAUUACCUUUUCCAAUUUUGCAAGAAAUUUAUGAAGCUUAUGUGUGUUUUUUAAGAAGAUGUGAGGAAUAUUUUUUAAGUACUUAUAGUCCCCCAGAUGGAAUAAAUAGUGUUGGAGCACACGUGGCAUUAGAAGCUGAGAUAUAUUUAUCCACCUUAUUACCUGAAGAAAGAAAAAUUAGGCAAUUAUUGUUUGAUUGCUUACUUAAAAGAGAAACCUGUAUUACUGGCUGUGAUAGCAUGGAAAAUGUUGAUUUGUUGGAAAUGGGUUCGUAUGCAGAACUUCAAGGUGGAAAUAUUAGUCUUCCAGAUGGAUAUAGUGCUAUAUUAGAACCAGUUUCAAAGCAUAUACCAAAAAGCAGCAUUUUGACUAAACAUGUUGUCACUAAAAUUAGGUGGCAAAAAAAGAAAUGUAUGGACAAUGAAAAUUUUAAUAACUGCUCUAAUACAAACCCAUCUAUUGAAAUACAGUGUGAAAAUGGGAAAAUAAUAUUAGCUGAACAUGUGAUUUGUACAUUGCCAUUAGGAGUACUUAAGGAAAAAGCUAAUGAUAUAUUUGAACCACCCUUACCAAAUUAUAAAUUUGAAGCUAUAAAUAGACUUCUAUUUGGUACUGUAGAUAAAAUAUUUUUAGAAUAUGAAAGACCAUUUUUAAAUCCUGGUGUAUCAGAAGUAAUGCUUUUAUGGGAUGACCGAGGAUUGUCAGAAGAAGAAAAGCAAGAUAUCAGUAAAACAUGGUUCAGAAAAAUCUAUUCAUUUACAAAAAUUUCAGAAACUCUUUUACUGGGUUGGAUAUCAGGAAAAGCUGCUGAAUAUAUGGAAAAAUUAAGUGGAGCAGAAGUGGCAGAGAUAUGCACAUCAAUAUUGAGGAAAUUUCUUAAUGAUCCAUUUGUACCAGCACCAAAAAAUUGUUUACGCACUUCAUGGCAUUCACAACCAUAUACACGUGGCUCCUAUACUGCUAUGGCUGUUGGUGCAAGUCAAUUAGAUAUUAAAUAUUUAUCUGAGCCUAUAGUGCAAGAAGAUGAUCCUUCAAAAAUUAUAAUAACAUUUGCUGGUGAACAUACGCACUCUUCCUUUUACAGUACAGUACAUGGAGCAUAUCUAACUGGUCGAACUGCUGCUCAAGCACUUUUGGAAUCAAGAAAAAAUGAAAAGAAUUCAUUGAGUCUUAGUUGCGAAGAUACAAGUGAUCUUAGUUCGUGGAUACAAGGAAUUUCCUUAAAUUAAAUAGUUAUUUAAAAAAAAGAAAAUAAAAGAAGAUGAAUCGGAAGUUGUCCUCUAUAUCGAAAUUUUCACACAAUUAAGCACAAUUUAUUACGUGGUACGAAAAAUAUUUUACACACUGUCGAUUUGAUGACAAUUGUGAUUUAUAGAUGUUUAGUAUUAACGCGAAAUCUUGUGAACUAUUUUAAUUUUGUAAAUACUAUAGCGAAUUAUUUAUAUUAUGUACAUAACAAUGCCUGUUUAAGAUUUUAAGACUUUAUAAAUGUACUUACGAUUUUAUCUACUAUCAUACUUUUCUUUUUAAAUAACUGAGAAGGGAUGACAGUUUUAAAAUCGUAUCACAAAAUGAUGCUUCAUUUUAUGGAAUCACCUACAACAUGAAUUAUAAAAAUUUUAUAUAUUUAAUGCCAU